AACAGCGACGUCAUCUGCGAGUUCCCCUUCGCGGCGCUCGCCCGCUUCCACCGGCACCACGGCGGCGAGGGCUCCAUCGUGGUGACGCGCGUGGAGGAGCCCGCCAAGUACGGCGUGGUGGUGAGCGAGCCCGACACCGGCCGCAUCUGCCGCUUCGUGGAGAAGCCGCGCGUCUUCGUCUCCAACAAGAUCAACGCCGGCCUCUACAUCUUCAGCCCCGGCAUCCUGCGCCGCAUCCAGCUGCGACCCACCUCCAUCGAGAAGGAGAUCUUCCCGGCCAUGGCGCAGGAGGGGCAGCUCUACGCCAUGGAGCUGCAGGGCUUCUGGAUGGACAUUGGGCAGCCCAAGGACUUCCUCACGGGCAUGUGCAUGUACCUGCAGUCGCUGCGGGCGCAGCACCCCGACCGGCUGCACUCGGGGCCUGGGAUCGUAGGGAACGUGCUGGUGGACCCUAGCGCCAAGAUCGGCGCCAACUGCAUCAUCGGCCCCAACGUGACCAUUGGCGCCGGCGUGGUGGUGGAGGACGGCGUGCGCAUCAAGCGCUGCACCGUGCUCAAGGGGGCCCGCAUCCGCUCCCACUCCUGGCUGGAGUCCUGCAUCGUGGGCUGGAGCUGCUCUGUGGGGCAGUGGGUUCGCAUGGAGAACGUGACAGUCCUGGGCGAGGACGUCAUCGUGAACGACGAGCUCUACCUCAACGGGGCCAACGUGCUGCCGCACAAGUCCAUCGCCGAGUCGGUGCCGGAGCCGCGCAUCAUCAUGUAGCAGCCGCC